AUGCAGCUUCCCACAGAUGGUUCAUACGAAGGCGAGCUGGCGAGCAGCAUCCUGCUUGAAGAGGGUGAUGCGCCAAGCAGACCAGAACUUCCAGGGCUGAGAAAUCCCUUGCUCGAGCCUUGCCCACCGUUCUUCACCAGCGGCUUGGGAGGUUUGGAUGAGGCCAGGGGCAGAGCACCUUACCAAAGGAUCGAAGAGGCUCCCCACAGAACUCCCACCAGAACACCGUCGCCAGUCUAUCAGUAUGGUGGUGGUGUUAUCAAUAGUUUUGGCGAGCCAGAUGGUAUUGGACUCCCUCCAGCCAAGAAUGCGCAAGCUGCUCCACUGGGCACGCCGCAACGCGUACCAGACAGCAGUGCACCUGCAGGAGGUCCAAGCGGAUCGGCAACCUGCAGCGGCAGCGAGACCGUCAGAACCGUCCAGCAAGUCGGUUGCGCAAGUGCCUGUCGAUGCGAACGUGCUGUCUAUGAUGAUGAUGCAAGCACAGCAGCAGCAACAACAGCAGCAACCAUCGCAGCCAACGCAACAGGCAUGGGUCCCAGCUUGCUGACACAUGCGUGCAUAGUCUUUGCCGGCCAGCCAGAUCUUAGUGGAUUCUUAGUGUGGACGUCUCCCUCAUCUCCGUCACUCAGUUUCAUUACCGCGAACUCGGCAUCAUCACUUCACCGUCUCUAUCGCUUCGUAGCCUUCGUUCCAAGAACCUUCUUUUAUGUGCUGGCUCUGGCCCCCUGCCUCUUGAGCCGCUGUCCUUUUGGCUUAAACGGGGAAGUGACCGUCUUCCCAUCUAAGGUGGCCCAGCCACAGCCGCAGCCUUCGCAGCCUGGGCCCGCGCAGCCUGGGCCCGCGCAGCCUGCAGCGCCUGGGCCUACCAACGCUUUCCCGGCCAUCUCCCCUCUCACGACGCUGAGCUCCCUUGGAGCCUCCGGACUUCCCACCUCUGCCCCUCCAUCGGCGCCGCCUCCGCCGGCGCCGCGAAAGGCUGAGCGGCAAGAACGGGACAAGGAGCCCAAGGAGAAGGAGAAUGUGCUGAGCCCCAGCCAAGCCUUGCCCCCUGGACCCCAGCCACCACGGCCCGUGGCACCCGAAAGCAAGAAGACCAAAGCACGCAGGGACAAGGAACCCAAACAUGCUCCUCAGCCCCAGCAGCAUGAACCUGGCGCAAUUGCGCCAGGGUCAGCGAGCUUGAAUAGGGCUUCGGACAAAGGAGGAGGAAAAGGUGACAGGCGGAGGCGGAGUGGUGGGCAGGUCGAGGCUGGCGAUGACCGCGCUGCCAGCAAGCUAAGGCCGCAGGCCACAAGUCCGCUCAUCGAGCAUUUGAAGGCACGAGAACGGCUUGUUGAUCUUGCCGAACUUUCCGGACACAUCAGCGAGAUUGCCCAGGAUCAGUACGGCUCCAGGCUUAUACAGCAGAAGCUGGAAGUGGCAAGCGACGAGCAAAAGCAAAUGGCCUUUAAGCAGGUGCUUCAAAAGAUGUCGCAGCUGACAACGGAUGUUUUCGGAAAUUAUGUAAUACAGAAAUUCUUCGAGUACGGCAACUCUGAGCAGAGGCGAAUCCUUGCGGAGCAGCUGGUUGGGCAAGUCCUGAAGCUUUCCCUCCAGAUGUAUGGGUGCCGAGUAGUGCAGAAGGCGCUGGACUCGGUGCCAAUCGAGCAGCAAGUCCUUCUGAUUGGCGAGUUGAAAGGUCACGUGAUCAAAUGCAUUGAAGAUCAGCAUGGCAACCAUGUUAUCCAGAAAUGCAUUGAGCGCCUGCCAACGGAUCGAAUCGGGUUCAUCGUCGAUUCAUUCGCUGGUCAAGCGUCGCGAAUGGCCAAACACUGCUAUGGCUGCAGAGUCAUUCAGCGGCUUAUAGAAUACUGCGCUUCGGCCCAGAUCUCUGCACUCCUCGACGAGGUGUUGGGUUGCUGUAUGGAGCUGGCAACAGAUCAGUAUGGCAACUACGUUGUGCAGCAUGUCAUGGAGCACAGCAGUCGCCCUGGUGACCGGCAGCAAGUGAUGAACAUUGUUCGCAAGAACAUUUUGUCGCUUUCCUGCCACAAGUAUGCCAGCAACGUGAUUGAGAAGGCCUUGCAGUGUGCAACACCAGAAGAGAGAUCACACCUGGUGGAGGCAAUAACUGGCCAACAGGGCGAUCCACACCCGCCUUUGCUUGUCAUGAUGCGAGACCGGUUUGGCAACUACAUAGUUCAACGCGUGAUUGCACUGGCGCAAAGUCCACAGCGUGAUUUGCUGUUCUGGAAACUUCGGGAACACAUGCCGGUGCUCAAGAAGUCAAACACGUACGGCAAACACAUAAUCUCUGCGCUGGAACGGGCUCAAACAAGUCCAAAAGACUGA